ACCAAGAAAGCACAGGGAAACACGUUUGAUGUAGUCGCCUCUUCCCCACACCCACUAUAAAGUUAAAGUUGGUUCAACAAUAAAGAAAUUUGGCACCCAUUUCCCAUCUCUAUACACACAUACUUGGCUCACCGUUUUUCCCCUUUUCUCUCUUUCUCCCUCUCUCUCACUUCUUCUUCUUCUUCUUCCAACCCAAAGAAAACAUAGAAAUCUCUUAAAACUUGAACCCAAAAGUUGAAUUCCAACGACCAAACACCCCAUUUUUCAGUCCUCUACAAAGAACCAGAGCUUAGAGAGAGCAGAAACAGAAAGGGGUUGCUCUAACAAGAAAUUUCUUUCAACAAUUCAGCAUGUAGCUGAGGAAGAAGCUUGCAAGUAGUGAAGGAGAGUGAGAGAGAGAGAGAGGGAGAAAACCCUUGUCUCUGAUUUUUCUUUUUUUUCCCUUUUGGUUGUCGUGUACAGCUUUUUAGAGGAAAUUUGCAGAGAACUUUCGGCAACUGGGUCAGUUUCUGGUGGUUGAGAAGAGGUGUCUCCUCAGAAAGAGGUUGUUGUGGUCUAGCUCAGGAGUAGUGCCCUUAGUGUCGAGACGAUCCUCUUAAAGACGAAGGGAACAAAUUAAUUGAAGGUAGAUGGGAAAGAAAGGCAGUUGGUUUUCAGUUAUUAAGAGGUUUUUCACUUGUCAGUCAGGAGAGCAGGAUCAUGAGAAUAACCGCAGAAAUGAAAGGAAAGGAGAUGGGAAAGGAGAGUCCACUUCCUUCAUUCCUAUCUUUAGAAAGCCAAGCAGUGUCGAGAAAAUAUUUAGUGAUUUUGAGAGGGAGCAGCAAAUUGUAGCUUUCCGGCCUCCUGCUCCUGAACGACCAUCUACACCAUCCUAUGUACCUCCUCCUCAACCAGCUCCCCCUCGGGCUCCUUCUCCUCCUAGAGCUGCUCCUCCAAAGGAAACAUCUCCCAAGGUUUCUCCUCCCAGAGUUGCUUCUCCUCCUCGAGCUUGCUCAUCAUCAACAGUUGUCGAUCAUCACGAGGUAGCUAGCAACACUCCAACAAUUGUCGAUCAUCAUGAGGAAGUCAGCCACAUUCCAACGGCCAUCAAUCAUCACGAGGAAGUCAGCAACAUUCCAAAACCAACCAAAAUGAACCAUCAUUCUUCUGCUAUUAAGAUCCAAGCAACCUACAGAGGUUAUGUGGCAAGGAAAAGCUUCAGGGCGUUGAAGGGUCAGGUGCGGCUUCUAGGUGUUGUACAAGGGAAUAAUGUGAGGCGCCAGACAUUGAAUGCUAAGAAACAGAUGCAACUUUUGGUUCGGGUGCAAUCUCAGAUACAAUCACGACGGAUUGAAAUGCUCAAUAACCAGAGGCAACUCCAGGAUCAUCCCAAUGAUAAAGAAGUUCACAGUACCUUUGAUGUGUCUGAGGGAGGUAACCAUGAAAAUUGGGACGAAAGCUCAAUAACAAAGGAAGAAAAAGAUGCCCGAUUGCAGAGGAAGGUAGAAGCAGCCAUUAAACGAGAACGAGCGAGGGCAUAUGCGUACUCCCAAUCCCACCAGAGAACCACUCCGAGGUUGGGACAAGAUUCUCAAAUGGAUACUUGCUCCAUGGGAGUUCCGAGGUGGUUGAAAUGGUUAGAAGGUCAGUUACCUACUGAAGGUUCUCCGAAGCAUCCUCUACCGAGACCUUUAACUCCUCAGCCAGAGCAGAAGUUGAGUCCACGGUCUCCUUCAAGCAACAAUAGACGACACAAUUUCGGCUUAGAUGGUAGGGAUACUCCCACACCAAAGUCCACAAAAUCAACAGCAUUCUCAAAUGCAAAGCCUGCUCGGUCUCCACUUCGAUUGAGAACCCCUCCAACAGCAAUGUCGACCAUCUCCAACGACUCGAGAUCACGAGGCAGCCGGGCUUUGUCUCCUUUCGACAUGAGGUUAAAGGAUGAUGACAGCCUUGUAAGCUGCCCUCCAUAUAUGGCACCACACUAUAUGACUCCUACGAUUUCGGCCAAAGCGAAAGUUCGAGCUCGUAGUAACCCGAGGGAGAGGUUUCCAGGUACGCCAAGGAGCGAUGCAUCUAGCAGGAGGCAGUCGUUUCCACCAACUCAAGGCAUUGGAUCAUUUAGGAACAGAGGUUUGAUGUCGUCGCCGAAGGAUCAUGCAACUUUAGACGACAACCAAUCUUUACGAUCGGUUGGGAACUUCAGCUUUGCUUCGCUUCCAACUGGAACUAGAAGGAAACCAUUUAACAGAUUUGUGUGAUUCUAUUAACCCCUUUUUCUUCUUGUUCCUGUGUUUCUAAUGAUAAUUGAGUGUAUUUAUUGUUAUAUGGUUUUGUGUUGCAAAAAUACUGAUUUGUAAUAAGAAACUCAAGGUUUGGAAUUGGGUUUGGGUUUGUUGGGUUUUUGUUUGGGUUUUUUCAAUGUUAUACUUGACUACUUCACAUUUUCUUGAUUA